CCCCUAAUACACAGACAUGUUCAGUAUAGAAUAAUUAAAUUUGAAAUGCACUUUUCUGGUACUGGUAUCAUGUCGAGAACAAUUGAGUGUCUCUAUUGUAUGCAUCUCUGAGUUCAGCUGUUUUCUGGUAUAUUACUGUACAUUGUUCUCUGUGCCCUGCAUAUCUUCAUUUAUCCACCCUCGUGGUUUGAUGUCCUGUCCUGAACAUACACUGACUGCUGACCAUUGUGUCCCAACACUCGUCCUCUUGUUCAGCUCUGAGUUUGCCGGAGAGGAUGGAGGAUUCUUUUCUUACCACAAUACAACUUUUCAUGGCGCCAUCAUACACGGACCUUUCCUGCUUCAUUUUAGAGCAUUUAGGUUCUACAUCACAUCAUGUCAUACUGUCAGGAAGGGAGCAGUAAUGUGAAGGCUCUGACCAUUGGCAGUUAUGGUGUUCCAUGAGUUCACAUCCACAGCUGCACAGCUGUAUGACAAGUGGAUCCAAGAUGGAGACCCCAGGACUAAAGACUGGCUGCUCAUGUCCUCGCCGCUCCCACAAACACUUAUUAUUGUAUUUUACAUCUACUUUGUGAUGUCAUUGGGGCCCAGAUUAAUGGAGAACAGGAAACCAUUCGAUCUGAAGCGGGUCCUCGUCAUCUAUAAUUUCAGCGUUGUGGCUUAUUCUCUUUACAUGUGUUAUGAGUUUGUGAUGUCAGGCUGGGGAACAGGGUAUUCAUUCGGCUGUGAUCUGGUAGACUUCUCUCAAUCGCCAAAAGCCAUGAGGAUGGCAUGGACUUGCUGGCUCUAUUACUUCUCUAAGUUCAUUGAGAUGUUGGACACAAUUUUCUUUGUACUACGGAAAAAGCAUAAUCAGGUGACCUUCCUACACGUUUACCAUCAUUCCAUCAUGCCUUUCACUUGGUGGUUUGGAGUUCGGUUUUCUCCAGGUGGUUUGGGGACAUUUCACGCCCUUCUAAACUGCAUCGUUCAUGUCAUCAUGUAUACAUAUUAUGGACUGUCAGCUCUGGGCCCUGCCUACCAGAAGUUUUUAUGGUGGAAAAAGUAUUUGACUUCAGUCCAGCUUAUCCAGUUUGUCAUCAUAACCUGUCAUAUUAGCCAGUACUUCUUCAUGAAAGACUGUCCUUACCAGUACCCUAUAUUCAUCUACAUCAUUGCUCUGUAUGGCAUCAUCUUCAUCUUCCUCUUCCUCAACUUCUGGUACCAUGCAUACACAAAAGGCAAAAGGCUUCCUAAAGUCCUGCAAAACACAGCCAUGCAGCAGAACAACAAUGACAUGCACCACAAGAGAGAUUAACUGAUGCAGUGUGACUAACCAAUCAGUAGUGACAAUCUACCUAAAACUGCCUUUUGGCUUCAUUUUUAUAAGACUAUUUAUAUGUACACCAUAACAUUUAUCUUGAUGCCCUGGGAAAAACGUUACUAUACAGACUGUGUGUUACAGUCUGGGCUGGAACUUGCCUUCUAAACCUGGGCAUUUGAGUUGAACUCUGGGUCAUUGCCCUGAGGGCUGUUUCUACUCCUUUUCCUCAUUGUUUUCUGCAUACUGAAGUUUUUUCCUUUCCCAUUUAUUGAGAUGUGAAUGAGUCAGAAGCCUCCCAGCUCCUCACUCAUGUUAGUCACAUAAUUUUUAAUGCUAUUUUAGACACCAUUUUUUUGUGUAUUUAUAUAUUUAUGUCCCUGUUUUUGGCUAUAUCAGUAAAUAAGAUGAAAAGUGUUGGCAACUUUUUCUCCUCUUUUGAACUGUGGGGAAAAUUUUACAGUGUACACUAGGUGCUAUCUCUGUAAUGCAUAUCUAUGUCCGUCUUUCACCCUCCACAUGUGACAUCGGGUGAAUGGUAGCAGUACUGCAACUGUCCUUGAAGGAACCGAUCCAUUGAUCUCAUCUUGCACUAUUGGUGAAGAAGGACAGUAAUUCGGUUACCUUUUUUAUUUUAUAUAUCUUUGCCAUCAUGAAUGUCUUGGGAUGUUUUUUUCUAGGACAGGAACUUGGAAUUUUUGUAGAAGGAAAGGUAUUAUGUUAAUUAACUUUUAAAUAUUUAUGAAAAAAUAAAUAAAUGCUGUAUUCA